CUCGCCCGCACCCUCCAUGCAAACCCCACCCCAGCGGCCCUCUGCCCGCCUUAGCGCCUCUCCUUCCCGGGCUGCUGAUGCUCUGGCCCACGCAGGCCACCUGCCUGGUGGGCGCCCGCUUUCACCUGCUGCAGCCUGUUCCCCCAGCAAGAGAAGGACGGGGGCGGCUGCUGCUGCUGCUGCUACUGCAGCAUCCAGCCUGGGGGGUGGAGACGGCAUCUGUCUUGCAGCUGCUGUUGCUGCCAGCGCCGAGGUGGGAUCCAGCUUCGACUGUCAGCAGCAGAGGCGCCCCGUCCCGCUCACCCCCCGCCGCCCUUGCUUCCUCCUUUCCUACCCCCCCUUCCCCCGCCCCGGUAAAUAAUCGCUGUCUGCUGCCUGCCCUGCUGAACCCUCCCUUCGCCUUGCCUGCCUGCCAACAUCAGCAGCACCCCCAUCCCCCUCCCUCCCGCCUGUAUGGAGAGGGAGAAUGGCGGAGAGAGAGAAAGGAGCCACAUCCCCGACCGGAUCCUCCCCGUUCUUGGGGCUGCACCUCGCCUCGCCCCCCAAUUUCAGGCUCACCCAUGACAUUAGCCUGGAAGAAUUUGAGGAUGAAGAUCUCUCUGAAAUCACUGAUGAGUGUGGAAUCAGCCUGCAUUGUAAGGACAGUUUGGCUUCACGGAGCCAUGUGAAUCUGCAGGCCAGUAGCGUUCUCGGAGUGGGUGGCGGGGAGGCGAGUCGGCUCCAGGCGGAGAUGCUACAGCUAGACCUGAUUGAUGCUACCGUGGAGACCCCUGCCGACGAAGGGACGGCGCCUGAGCCGAUCAAGAAGGAGCCCCCGCCUGUAACCAUGGACACCUACCGACCCAAGCGGCCCACAACGCUCAAUCUCUUCCCACAGGUGCCUCGGACGCAGUCACUUUCAAGGAACCUAAUAAAACUCCACAGUCAAGACACUCUGAAUAACAACUCUCUGGGCAAAAAGCACAGUUGGCAGGAGCGAGUGUCCCGGUCGUCAUCCCCUCUGAAAACUGGUGAACAGACCCCUUCCCAUGACCAUGUUUGCCUGAGUGAUGAGGUCACUCACCAAAACAGCACAACCUCCACCAAAGAUCGGGGCACAUCUACGGAGAGCCCGUGCCGGCGUACGGCUGCCACACAGAUUGCACCCGUCUGCAUUGCCUCCUCUCGGGCACUUGAGAAGCAACAAGCCACCAGCCAUCCCCCACCACAGAACCCCACAGUUGUGGUAGUGACAAGGGGGCCAGAAGCUUAUCGGGACCGCAUUCGCUACCAGACGGAUGUGAGAUUGGAGGCCACUGAGGAGAUUUACCUAACUCCAGUACAAAAGAAUUCUGACCCGCUAGAGUCUGAGAAGCCAUUCAUGUCACAGUCCAGUGACAAUCGUAUGUCCAUCAGCUCUGAUAUAGACACUUCCAGCUACGCACAGCUGACAGGAAAACCCAAUGCCUCAAUCAGUGAGGAGGAUGAGGUGCUGGACUAUUUGUCCUCACCUGAUAAAAUGAACGCACCAAGGACUGUAUAUAGCAGCAGUAAUGGUGGCUACCGGCCUCGCCAUAGCCUCCAGAGGGCAUCUGUGAGCUCCGACACCAGCGCCCUCUCCUACGAUUCCGUCAAAUACACACUAGUGGUAGAUGAGGAUGUGCAGCUGGAACUGGUCAGCCUGAAACAAUGCUACUCGGGUUACAGCGAUGAGAGCGACUCGGCCACCGUCUAUGACAACUGUGUCUCCUCACCCUAUGAGUCGGCCAUUGGAGAGGAGUAUGAGGAAGAUGCCCUGAAACGUGACUCUGUCUGUCUCUCUGAGGACUCCACCCCUGAGGCAGACAUCCACUUCUCCAAGAAGUUCCUCAAUGUCUUCAUGAGCGGCCGGUCGCGUUCCUCCAGUGCUGAAUCGUUUGGACUUUUCUCUUGUAUUAUUAAUGGGGAGGAGCAGGAGCAGACUCACCGAGCAGUCUUCAGAUUUGUGCCUCGUCAUGAAGAUGAACUGGAACUGGAGGUGGAUGACCCUUUGCUGGUAGAGAUUCAAGCAGAAGAUUAUUGGUAUGAGGCUUAUAAUAUGAGGACAGGUGACCGAGGCAUCUUCCCUGCCUAUUAUGCUAUCGAGGUGACCAAGGAUCCAGAUCACAUGACAGACUCAAGUAAGACCAGUGACUGGGUGGAUCAGUUCCGAGUGAAGUUUCUUGGCUCAGUCCAGGUUCCAUAUCACAAAGGCAAUGAUGUGCUGUGUGCAGCUAUGCAGAAGAUUGCCACUACUCGCCGCCUCACCGUGCACUUUAACCCGCCUUCCAGCUGUGUCCUGGAGAUCAGCAUGCGAGGAGUCAAGAUUGCUGUGAAAAGUGAUGACUCUAAGGAUCCUAGUAAGGGAAAUAAAUGUAGCCACUUUUUCCAGUUGAAGAACAUUUCCUUUUGUGGAUACCACCCAAAGAACAACAAGUAUUUUGGGUUCAUCACCAAACAUCCAGCUGACCAUAGAUUUGCGUGCCACGUCUUUGUCUCGGAGGAGUCCACUAAGCCACUUGCAGAGUCUGUAGGGCGGGCCUUCCAUCAGUUCUACAAGGAAUGUGUGGAAUAUACGUGCCCCACAGAGGACAUCUACCUAGAGUAGGGGCAGGGGCAGCCCCACCCCCUGUACAGACAAGGGCCAUUCCCAUCGUGCAUGGACAAGCUGCUUCAAGACUGAAGGAGGAGUGGGUGCGGGAACAGCUUCUCUCAGCGCACAGAGCCCGGCCUCUUUCAGUGCGCCUCCUUUCCUUGGGCUGGGGGAUUGGGGAGUUGGAGGUGGGUGGGAAGGGUGGACAAAAAUGGGUUUAUUAUUUUUAAAAAUGCUCUUCAAAUUUAUUCUGUUGAAGAAAAGCACGGCUGAUGGAAGCAGCAGUGCUGCCACCGGCCUAGGAGGAGAGCAGGCGUGGGCACGGGACCCAGGACAGGCUGCUCUGGCCUUCCACCCAAGGCUGACUUGGUGCUCUGGGCAGAGAGCUCAUUCGGCCAGCUCUUAGCCACUGCACUGUGUUGGGUACUGCUUUAGUCCCAGCUGCCAUGUUCAGCCCAUGGUUUUGUUUUGGUUUUUUGGUGGGGGGGCAAUAAUUGGACAGGAGCACUGAAUGUUUACCAUUAAAUACUUGAUGGCUAAUGAGCUUGAGAAGAUACAGAAGCAGUAACCCCAGUCCUUGGCUGGAGGGGAGGGCAAAAGAGGAGGAGAAAGGACAAACUAAGGGAAGGGUUAUCGUGAACACUUCCCACGCAAGUCCCAGGACACAGAUACCCUCUGCCAUCUAAGUGUUACCCAGUGUCUGGAAAAAAUAACGGAGCCACUGGAAAACUUCUAGUGCCUGUCUUUCUUUGUAGGGGAGGAGGGUUUCAGGCAUGUAGGUAGCCAGUGAGGGCCCCAUGCCCUGCAAUCUGCUGAUGGAAAGAGCUCCUCUGUUCCACCCCUUGCCCUGACAUCUCCUCCUCCUCCCCAUCACUAUCCAGCUGCAGGUUCCAAGCUCAGGAGGGAAUCUGGGCUCCUGCAGGAAGCUGAGAGACAGCAUUUCUGGUUCAUCCACAUUAGGGGCCUGAGAGGAGCUCCAGCCGUAAGCACAAGACUGAGUCAGGAAGGGCUAGAUCCCAUCAAGAAGCAACGCUAGGAGAAUAGCAUGAGUGACAGAGGGCUAGGAAGAGCUGCAGAAAGGUGUGUCUUUGCCCUCCUCCCCCCCACCCUUCCCCGGGUAGGGGGCUUUGUGCUUCUGCUGGAUCUGCUCUGAUGACAACAAUGAUUAAAUGUGAUGUUUCAAAAA